UAUUAUUCGACGGCUACUUUUUCGGAAGUGGUCCAUCGCGAGCAUAAAGAGAAAGGGGGUAACUGUACAUUCGCCGAUGCUCUAUCAGCAAUUGUCAUGUCGUUGUAUUGUUUCUUUUGACGGUUAAUUAUUAAAUAAUCAACUAUGAAAUGCGGGUUGACAAUUAGGCUUAAGUCGUUCAGUGUUUUGCCUUGGGAGUGGUUGGUUUUGCGAGCAUCAUUUGGCACCCCCCCAAAAAUUACAGAUUUCUCAACGACAGACAUCCACCCAUGGUCGUGGUACGCGCAGACUACCUGACCUAUGUUUUUUGUUUUGACAAUUGUUUUUAUUGGAUAUAACAAACUUCUGUGUUCCGGACAUACACCCACAGGCAUCACUGGACAACAUAAUUGCUUUCUAAAAAAUAUUUUUAGUAUAGUAAUGGUGCGAUAGUUAGAAUAAACCCAUUUUGGUUUCAUUUUAUUUCCAAAAUGAAGCACAGCAUUGAUGCCUUUCUUCACAUGAAGAAUCAGCCAAACAUGAAGUGGAUAGCCUAGUAAGUAGGCUAUUCAGACAGUUUUCUAGACAAUUGUCUGUAUCCUUUCGUGUUCGGUGCUGCCCUUUUGCAAUGAAAAUGAGUAUUGUUUGAGGAUACAAUUCUGUCUCACUGCUCUCGAACCUGGGGUUGCGGGUAGGUUAGGCGUCUAUUGCCUUUGAACACUGGCUAGGCGGUGGAGCGGCCAAUGUCGACUGUUAUCUUCGGUAGAAUAUAACGUUAAUCCUGUACAUACCUACAUACAAACCAAGUUGGCAUUUAGUCUAAUAGAAAGGAUACCUCAGGGACAAUGUCUUCUCGUGCAGCACUACCUGGGAACGAUCGGAAAUCGGACCUCCAUACCUCUCUCUCGACAAGCCGCUCGGAGAAGAGCACCGGUUGGUCGAGCAGAUCACUUGGAGCACGAUGCCGGAACUCUAUCGCCUCAUGUUCGGACGAGCAGCCGCACAUCGGCAACUACCGUCUGCUCAAGACCAUCGGCAAGGGCAACUUCGCCAAGGUCAAGCUGGCCAGGCACAUCUUGACGGGCAAAGAGGUUGCAAUAAAGAUCAUUGACAAAAACCAGCUCAACCCGACCAGCCUACAGAAGCUUUUCAGAGAGGUACGCAUCAUGAAAGGCCUCAACCACCCAAAUAUCGUGCAGCUGUUUGAGGUGAUCGAGACAGAGAAUACGCUCUAUUUGAUAAUGGAGUACGCCAGUGGGGGUGAAGUGUUUGACUACCUCGUGUCCCAUGGGAGAAUGAAAGAGAAAGAGGCGCGGGCCAAAUUCCGUCAGAUUGUGUCUGCUGUACACUACUGUCACCUGAAGAACAUUGUUCACAGGGACCUUAAAGCUGAGAACCUCUUGCUGGAUGCCGACUCCAACAUCAAGAUUGCAGAUUUUGGCUUCAGUAACGAGUUCACCAUGGGCAACAAGCUGGACACGUUCUGUGGCUCCCCUCCCUAUGCUGCUCCGGAGCUGUUCCAGGGGAAGAAGUACGACGGGCCUGAGGUGGACAUCUGGAGCCUGGGGGUCAUCCUCUACACUCUGGUCAGCGGAUCACUGCCCUUCGACGGGCAGAACCUCAAGGAGCUGCGGGAGCGUGUACUGCGGGGGAAGUACCGCGUGCCUUUCUACAUGUCCACCGACUGCGAGGGCAUCCUGCGCAGGUUCCUGGUGCUCAACCCCACCAAACGCUGCACCCUGGAGCAAAUCAUGAACGACAAGUGGAUUAACUCUGGCUACGACGGAGAAGAACUGAAGCCUCAUACAGAGCCCCUGGAGGAUCAUAAUGAUGCCAGCCGCAUCGAGGUGAUGGUGGGGAUGGGUUACACCCGUGACGACAUCAAAGACGCUCUGACCACUCGGAAGUACAACGAGGUCACCGCCACUUACCUGUUACUGGGACGCAUGAAUGAGGUGGAGGGCAGCGAGUCUCGGUCAACCAGCAGUCUGAGCCUGGCGCGGGUACGGCCCAGCACCGUCAUCAACGGCACCAGUAAACACUCCACCUCCUCCACCACCUCCGCCUCGGCCUCCUCCUCCUCCCACAGCAAGACCACCCAGCGCAGCGCCUCCACCUACCACCCCCGCAGGAGGCACAGCGACUUCUGCGGUCCGGCAGCACCCCCGUCCCACCCCAAGCGUAGCCCCAGCAGCGUGGCGGGGGCAGACAGGGAUCUGAAGGAGGAGGGGGGGCGCAUGGCGUCCCGGAAGGUCAGCAGCAGCGUGGUGGGCAGCCGCUCCAUCCAGCCCCCCUCCAGCCCCAUGGUCAGCAGCGCCAACAACCCCAACAAGUCAGAGAUCCCCGACCGCCGCAAGGAGAUUAUCACGGCCACGAACAACGUCCCAGCAAGUGCCAUGAUCCGCCGGAACACGUACGUGUGCACCACGGACCGGAACAGCACAGACAGGCCCUCCCUGCUGCAGAACGGCAAGGAGAACAGCUCCAUUUCCCACCGGCUGCCCCCGGCCUCGCCCUCUACCCACAGCAUCGCUGGGGCCUCGGGGACCUCCUCCUCCGCGGGCUCCCGCCUCACCCGGGGCUCAAGCAUCCGCAGCACCUUCCACGGUGGCCAGCUGAGGGACCGGCGGCCUCCCUCCCACGCCCCUCCCACCUCCCCCACCCUGUCCCACGAUGCCAGCCCCCUGCCCCACGCACGUACCCGAGCCACCUCCAACCUGUUCAGCAAGCUCACCUCCAAGCUCACACGCAGGGUCACAGACGAACCUGAGAGAAUCUGCAGAUCUCCGGUCACAAGUCGCCAUCUACCUGGGCAUCAAAAAGCGGCAGAGCCCCGGACCCCCCGAUGCGGCUGGGAUGUAAGGGUGCGGAGCCCGCGGGACCCGGCGGAGGUGGUGCUGGCGCUGCGCGAGGCGGCCCAGGGCUGCGGCUGCCAGGUCCACCUGGCUGGGCCCUUCCUGCUCUCCUGCACCCACGGGGCGGCCGGCUCACGUGUGGCCUUCGAGGCUGAGGUGUGCCAGCUGCCCGCCGGUCCCGCCGAGACCAGCGGCGUGCGCUUCAAACGCCUGUGGGGGGCGCCGCUCGCCUUCCGGGAUAUCGCCACAAAAGUGUCCAAGGAUCUGGAGCUCUGAGGGCAACAGGGGGUGGGGCAGAGGGCUUCUACACUGGACAGACUGACCGAGGGGGCGGGAGAAGGAGACAGGCUGAACCCGCUACCCCCACUGCCAACCUCGCCUCACCCCCGCCAAAGACCCGCUUCUGGUGCCACACGGACACGCAGGCGCACCGGCACGGACGGCCCGGCCCCGCCACUCACAGACCUAUGACCUAUGAACCCUGCUAAGGCACCUCAAUAUUAUGUGAAUCUAGGGAGUCAAGCAGUUAUUUUUUAAUUCCAUAUUUGCAGAUUAAGAUAUUUUUCGUCAAUGUCGUUAUGAUUAUAUUAUAUUUGUGGUCAUUCCUUUUUAACAGCUGCUAUUUAAAAGGUUUUUAAUUUCAUGUUUUUCUUUUUUUCACUUCAAUGAGCAGUUGACAGACUGAAUGCAUAUUUAAGAAACAAGGGGCCAGCCCUCUCCUAGACAGAACUCCAGGCUAUAGAGCAGGGGUGUCAAACUCAUUUUGCCCUGGACCCCACAUUCGUUCUUCAACAAGGUCCGGACGGCAACACUGAAAAUGUUAUAUUUCCUUGCCGUCAAAAUUUGCCAAAAAUAGUCUAUCCACCCUAUCCAUAAUUUUUUGCAUUUUUGAUGCUCCCUAACUGUCUAGCUUUGAUUUCAGUGAUUAUUAACAAUCUGGACACAAUCAAUAAACUGUAUGAAUGUAGGUCCAUUAUCUUAUCAUUUCUACACGGUUUCGAUUUGGUUGUAGUCAUUUUAAAAUAUUUUCAACAUCACAUUUUAUUUGUCACAUGUACAACAGGUGGCUUACU